AUGGGUAAACAUCACAAAUAUCCAAUGACGUCAUAUUUAACUUCGAACAUUAAUCACCAUGAGAACGAUUCGAUAUGGAGCAAUCCCAAUGAACUCGAUUUACUCGAUAUGAAAAAAUCAGCAAUGAUCAAGACCAACUGUCAUUUCCUUCAAGUCCUUCCUUCUAUACGAAAACUGUAUACGUCGUUCGAUUCUCUAUGUCCAAAUAUGUACCGUAUUCAUUGUUCGAAUUCAUUACGAACUUUACAAGAAAUCAUUUGUCUUGCCGAAGAAUAUCUUCAUCUAUCUCCACUAUCAACAAUCUCCACAAAUGAACUGCUUACGAAUGAGAAGCAUUUCGAUGAUUUCCUCUCUAAAUUUCAACAAUCAGUCAUCGCUCGGACACAAAUCCAUCCGACACAAAAGAUGGAUAUCCGCUGUUUUGGUCAAGGUAUACAAUCGUAUCACCCAUACAACGAAUUAAAUCAAUCGAUUCUGUUCUGUUUCGAAUUAACAUCGUCUAUGCGAACGAAUCUUUCAUUACCACUCGAUGUAAUUAUCUUAGAUCCCGACGAAAAUCUUGUCACUAUUGAUCUACAAUCAAUCAGUACAUAUAAUCAAGGUCAUACGAAACUCUUUUCAUGUCAAUAUACACCAAUGAAUAAAGCUGGAAUUUAUCGAAUCUCGUUUUUUCAUAAUAAUAUUAAAGUAAUUAAUCAACAACAUAUGAUUUUUAUUCGAAAUCCAACGUCAAAUUAUGGUUCCUAUCAAAAGAAACAGUCGUCAUUAGUUGAAGAAAUUAUAAAACUACCGCAACAAGGUAAAUAA